UACAACAGCUUCCGGGAGGAAACAUAUCAAGACGGCAUUGCUUCCUGUAGUAGAUUAUUAGCUUCUUGUGUUUUGCCUGAGUAGAUGGAUUAGAAAAGAAAAUAACGAAAAUAAAUAAUUGGUUUUUAGCUCAGAGCCUGCGUCAGUUCAUCUUCAGCAUAUUUUAGUGUUUUUACACACUGUCUAAAUGGGUGCAUAUUACUGUGCUAUAUGUAGGCAAACAACAUUCACUGGAAAGGGACACAUCUUCGGAAAAAAUCACCAAAGCAGACUUAGAGUGGUUCUCCUUAAAUUUUUAGAAAAGGUGAAAGAAGCUCGCCGAACACUUAAAAAACCCCAAGUAGAAAAGUUUGAUUGCACCCAGCACAAGCAGACCUUCUGGUGCUACUGCUGUGGGCUUGAAAUUGAAAGAAAUGUUACAGACGGCAACAUGACUGUGCUGUACGGAGGCUUGCUAGAACACAUGGCCACCUCAGAACACAGGAAGAAUACUCACAAGUUCUGGUGGGACAAUAAGGCCGACCCCAAGUUUAGAGACAAGGUCAUCAUCACAGAGGAGGAAACUGAAAGAUUUAAAGCUGAGGUGGAAAAAGCAUUGGAAUCAUUUGUGGAGAAGGAGGAUGAAUUCAUAAUGCAGCAAGCUGAUCACAUCCGGGCGCAGGAGAAGCAGCGUCAAGAGGUCCUUCAGUCUCUUUUAGAGCGUGAAGCAGAGCUGGAGUCGUUCAGUGGACCCAACGGCACAGACAUGUCUGCUGAGGAUGCUGUCAGCUCUCAAUUUGCAUCUCAAGGAUCAGAGCAGCAGGCGGGGAGCAGCUUUGUCGAGUCAAUGGUUCAAGCACCGCGAGCUGCAACAGGACAAGGCCUGACUUUCAUAGGCUAUCAGGAUUCAUCAAACAUUGGAAAUGUUCAUACAGGUGCCGUCCCUCCUUGGCUCCAGGACGAUCCUCUGGAGGGGACCUCUGGAGCUGCGGCUCAUCUGGAGAUCGGCCCAUCGCUCCAAGAGUUCCUCAAACAGAAGGAGCAAGAGAAGCUGAGGAAGCUUCCACCGAACAGAGUGGGCGCCAACUUUGAUCACAGCUCACAUACAGACGCCAACUGGCUUCCCUCCUUUGGAAGAGUGUGGAACAGUGGCCGACGCUGGCAGUCCAGGCACCAAUUCAGACAAGAGGAAGGGCAGAGCAACAGACAGAAGAGGAAGAGGGAACAUGGUGGAGACGGGUCAAAGAAAGCAAAAACAACUGUACAGCUGACAAAUUCUGACAACGCUUAAAACGGAGUAUGGUGUGAGAAUUUAUGAGUGAAGGGAUGUAUAUAGUUUGCAGGAUGUGAAUGAUUUUAUACUAUAUUUCUGAGUAGUUAUGCUUGGGCUGACUAGACACCCUACUGUAGCACCCUUCCCAGCAGUAGUGUGUGUAUAUAUGAGUGUAUAUGAGAAAUUGUUACAGUUUGUAAAGUUUGCAGUAUAGAUAUUGACUUAGUAUAUAAGGCAGUGCCUCUUGAAUUACUGUUAGAAAGUUACCUUUGAUAAUUGUGUUUUGUAUAAAACUGUAUUGUCCAACAUCACAAUACUAUUUCAAUACUAUACUAUUUUGUUAAUCAAUUUAAUUGUGUACACUCUCUUAAUAACACCCUGCUGCACACACUCAAAGAUUUAAACCAAAUUGGUGCUGCCACUCAAUUGGUCACUGACCUGCUCCAUUUAAUCAGCUGAAAUCGGUGACUUCAAUCAACGGCAACCGAGAGAAAAGCCUUUAUUAAGUUUUUUUUUUCUGCCCAGAUUCUCACAGCAAGUACAGUAUUCUGAUGAGCAAGAUACUGGUUAGACUACAGCUCUUUGAGAGGACAGCAUGCCAACUGCUCUGGCAAGUAAACAGCAGGGGGCGCCAGCCAUUUAACUAACAAAGGCCCCUGCUGUGUGAUUGAGAAGAAUUUAUGUUUUUAUUAGAGCUAAGUGAUUUGUCUCUGUCUAAAAUUCUGACCAUUUUAUAUAUUUUGCAAGCAACCCUUAAUGGCAAUACACAAAUGAAAGCAGCAGUUCUCAGUGUUUCUAAGACCAUCUCUUUUUUUGCAGUGAACCUGUACAACCAAAUGAGCUUUCAUUUCCCUUUUCAGAUCAUGUUACGUGAUGAAUUACUGGAAAAGGCUUAAAGGCUGCCUAUGCAAAUGUUUUUCGCUUUGAGAUAAGAUGUGAUAUUAUAUGUGAAAACAAUUAUAAGUAUUGAAAAAGUGUAUCAUAUAUCUUGUUUCAAUCGAAUUAGCAUUUUAAAUGUAGCGCUCUCUAAAACUACAACACUCCACCUGUUUUCUUAUCCUUUAUUAUAGAAAGAAGGAAUUUAGUUUCUAUAAGUAAAGCUUUCAGUGUUUUUUGUUUUCAGAAGCUGUAUUAAACAUGGUUGGGUAACAACUUAAAAGUAUUCUGGUAACGGGACGUCUCAAACAAAUGGACACCGGGUGGAAGGACACAAGAUUCAGUCACAAGUGACAGCUGUUCUGCACUUGAGCAUAACUUGUAGCGAUGAAUGAAAACUUGAAAAGGCAUAUUUAGCACAUAUAGGGCUGGGGCCCUAAAAAGCCUUAAAAUCCAACUUUUUGUCUACUGCUGCUCUCUUAAGUACAUCCAUGAUAAGUGAUUAUUUUGAUAAUGCAGAAUUUUGUGGUGCAUAAAAUUAUAUCACUUGAUAA